GAGCGCGCGGCGCUCAUGCCCCGCUCCGGAGCCGGCCGGACGCUCCCAGUGCAGCGCGGCUGCUUUGGGGGCGGCUCCUGCCCCGCGCUGGCCAUGGGGCGAGUGGCGGCAGCUGCGGCCGCACUGGUGGCACUGGUGCUGCUGGGAGCCCCCCCUGGGGCGGGCGCGGAGCUCUCGGAGGUGUUCCAAUGGUUGGGAAGGGCCGAGUGUCACUUCAUUAACGGCACGGAGAAGGUGAGGUUCGUGAUGAGAUACAUCUACAAUCAGUUCGAGUACAUGAGGUUCGACAGCGACGUGGGACUGCACGUGGGGUUCACCCCCUAUGGAGAGAAGUUUGCGCAGUACUUGAACAACGACCCGGACAUUCUGGAGAACAGACAGGCUGAGGUGGACACGUACUGCCGGUACAACUACCAGCUUUUCACCCCGUUCAGCGUGGAGCGCAGAGUUCCCCCCAGCGUGUCCAUCUCGCUGCUGCCCUCGAGCUCCCAGCCCGGCCCCGACCGCCUGCUCUGCUCCGUGCUGGAUUUCUACCCUGCCCAGAUCCAGGUGAGGUGGUUCCAGGGCCAGCAGGAGCUCUCGGAGCACGUGGUGGCCACCGACGUGGUGGCCAACGGCGACUGGACCUACCAGCUGCUGGUGCUGCUGGAAACGCCCCCCCGGAGCGGGGUCACCUACACGUGCCAGGUGGAGCACGUCAGCCUGGAGCAGCCGCUGAGACAGCGCUGGGAGAUGCCGCCGGACGCCGCCCGCAGCAAGAUGCUGACGGGGAUCGGGGGCUUCGUGCUGGGCUCGGUCUUCCUGGCGCUGGGGCUCGGCUUCUACGUGCGCAAGAAGAGCUCCUGAGCCGCCGGCGGCCGCAGCCCCUCCCCGUGGCCUCGGGCCCGCCCGGGACCCCCCGCUCCGUCCCCGCGCUCGUUUUACGGGGGGGUCGUGUGUCCCCUCCCCCCUCAAUCCCCUCCCCCACCCAGCGCCGCUGUCACUCUGCCCCCGCCCGGCUGCUCCCAGUGCUCCCAAUAAAGAUUCCCAGUUGGA